CGCGCGGAGGGGACGUGAGAGGGAGAGUGGUGGCGGCAGUGGCGGCGGCGGUGGCGGCGGCAGCUGCUGCUUCGAGGGUGUCCUUUCUUGCCCCCGCGAGGCCAUGGCCAAAGUUUCGGUUCUGAACGUGUCGGUGUUGGAGAACCCGAGCCCUUUCCACAGCCCCUUCCAGUUCGAGAUCAGUUUCGAGUGCAGCGAGGCCUUGGCCGACGACCUAGAAUGGAAAAUCAUUUAUGUGGGUUCAGCAGAGAGUGAGGAGUUUGACCAGAUACUAGACUCAGUACUGGUUGGGCCAGUCCCAGCAGGGCGACACAUGUUUGUCUUUCAGGCAGAUGCCCCUAAUGCCUCCCUAAUCCCAGAAACUGAUGCAGUAGGUGUAACUGUGGUCCUUAUAACCUGCACCUACCAUGGGCAGGAGUUCAUCCGAGUUGGCUACUAUGUCAACAAUGAAUAUACCAACCCUGACCUUCGGGAGAACCCACCCCUGAAACCAGACUUCUCUCAGCUCCAGCGAAACAUCUUGGCUUCUAAUCCCCGAGUAACUCGAUUCCAUAUCAACUGGGACAGUACCGCAGACAAAUUGGAGGACAUUGAAAACCAGGACCCUGUCUUAAACAUGGGGCUACCUCUGAGUUGUCCCUCAACUAAAGGAUUAGAUCUUCCAGACUGUGCCCCUAGCAUCAUUCCUGAAAACUCCAUGGACUGCAUCUAACUAAAACUGAGGCCUAGGCAGUAUGAUGGACCCUGAUUUCUGCCAAAUGAAUGGUUUUGUUCUGCCUUCUGGAAAAUUUCUGGAGCAAGCCUGAAGGACUUGGGUUGGGGCUCUAAGUUAUAGCUAUAAGCCAGUUAAACUGGUCCUUAUGGGAAGGAAAACCUGUCAUUGGUAUGUCCGUUAGUUCAACACAGAGAGACUAUUUACCUGUUUUCUUACAGGUCUGCAGAGCAAAUGGUACUUUAGCUCUUUUACUCAUUGUGAAUUUUGCCUUCUCUCCUUCUGGCCUUUUUGCCUUUUGAGAUACUAUGGCUCUGGAGAGAUAAUUUCAUCUGUGGAUGGGUUUUUCGUGUUUUGGGCAGCUUAUGGGCUUCCUGACCUAUAACUGGAGAUUCUCUCUCCCCCCAUGUUGUUUCUUCUUAGUUUCUUUACUUUCCCACCCAUCUUCAAUCAGUGAUUUGCCCUGACUUUUUGGAGUUACUCAUUAAUAAUCUUGGUAGGAUUUGGGCUCCAGCAGUUUUGAUGGAUGGCUUUUGGUAUGUUGAUUGCCACUCUUUCCCCAGCUGGAUUUUUUAUUCCUGCUUCCAUCUUGCCAACUCCUGGAAAGGCCCAUUCCCUUAGGUGCCAGGAAUGGGGUUUUGAGGGACUAUUUAAAGAUAAGGCCAUCCUCUUUCUUUCAUCGGUGGCAACUCAACUCAAACAUGACUCAUUCCUCUCAUCUCUUGGCCAGAUCAGAGGAUUUGAUCAAGAACUAACCAACUGAUUUUCUCUGGACAGGAGUAACUGAAACAUACUCACUGUUAACCACGCCCCUUAACUAGGAGUUAAUGCCAAAAGGCUGCACUUAACCUUUUCUGGGGCCAUAUGACCUCUCAGGCUUUGGGAGGAUAGGAUGGUUCUUUUGUUUUGAAGACAAAGGAAAAGAGGGCCUAUGUGCACAUAGAAGCAUCCCCUAGCCCUCAGUUCUUUUCCUCUGACCUGUCCUUUGUCCCUGUGGCUAUUGUUGCUUAUGCAAUUUGUGUAUUAAAGGUUUUAUAUUAAAAGUUAUGGUUACUGGAGAAAUAAAAAGCACUUAGGCUGGACUAUAGUGAAUUUUUUUUUCUCACUUUGGCCUGAAAACAUCAACCAAUCCUUUUGAAAAACUGGUGCUGAACUUUUGGAGAUGAGAGAGAAUGUUGCAGAAAGAAAUAAAGGAUUUAUUUCCCA